UGUUGAACUCGGGGGGGUGAAAAAAGCGACUCAUCAGGAGCAGCAGCAGGCGAGGCUGUAACGUGUUCGGGCAAGCCGGGGUCCUCCUCGCCCCUUAGCUAAAUUUUAACAUAACCCAUAUGUUCAUUUUUUAAUAAGAUAGCCCCACCCGUGUUUUUAUCGGUUCCGUACGUGUCACGUAAGAACGGUGCGGCUAUUAGCUAAAACAAAGCGGACCCUCAUAACCGUUUUAGCUAGUCUUCGCCCAGAGUAACCGUUGAAUUUCUUUAAAACCGGACACUUUUUGGUCACAAAUGCUGCUGUAAAUCACUGGAAACUACAUAACAGCGUCAACAUAAGAUGGAUCUGCGGUUACUUUUAAUAGCCUCGUUAUCAGUGGUCCUUGGUGGCAGCUGGGCACAGCAAGAGGGAAGCAUAUGCACCAAGGCAAGCGCGCAGUCAUGUGGCGAGUGCAUCCAGGUCGCAGAGACAUGUGGAUGGUGUUCAGAUGAAAACUUCCUCACUGUGGGUCAAUCCAAGUCAGCUCGCUGUGAUGACCUGGAGUCCCUGAAGAAGAGAAAGUGUGCUGCGAACAAAAUUGAAAACCCACGUGGAAGCAUCGCCGUCAAUAAGGACAAGCCCGUCACCAACCGCAAGGACGUGGCUGAGAAACUGAAGCCCGAGGACAUCACCCAGAUCCAGCCCCAGAAACUCACACUGACGCUCAGAUCUGGUGAGCCCCAGACUUUCCAGCUGAAGUUCAAGCGUGCUGAGGACUACCCCAUCGACCUGUAUUACCUUAUGGACCUCUCCUUCUCCAUGAGAGAUGAUUUGGAAAAUGUCAAGAACCUUGGCACUGACCUCAUGGAGGAAAUGAGGAAGAUCACCUCAGACUUCAGGAUUGGUUUUGGCUCCUUUGUGGAGAAGACGGUCAUGCCUUACAUCAGCACCACGCCAGCCAGGCUCCUCAACCCCUGCACAGGAAAUGAAAACUGUACCAGCCCCUUCAGCUACAAGAACGUCCUGAAACUGACAGAGGACGGAGACGAGUUCAAUAAGCUAGUCAGUCAGCAGCAGAUCUCAGGGAACCUGGACUCUCCAGAAGGGGGCUUUGAUGCCAUCAUGCAGGUGGCAGUCUGCGAGAAAGAUAUCGGCUGGAGGAAUGUGACUCGUCUGCUGGUGUUCUCCACUGAUGCUGGUUUCCACUUCGCUGGAGACGGCAAACUGGGCGGGAUCGUCCUCCCCAACGACGGGAGGUGUCAUCUGGAGAACAACAUGUACACCAUGAGCCACUACUACGACUACCCCUCCAUCGCCCAUUUGGUCCAGAAACUUAGUGACCACAACAUCCAGACCAUCUUUGCUGUCACUGAGGAAUUCCAGCCUGUUUACAAGGAGUUGAAGAAUCUCAUUCCUAAAUCAGCCGUUGGUACGCUGUCCUCCAACUCCAGCAACGUGAUCAAACUCAUUCUUGACGCUUACAACUCUUUGUCAUCUGAAGUCAUUCUUGAAAACAGCAAGCUGCCAGAGGGAGUUUCCAUCACCUACCAAUCCAUCUGUAAGAACGGUGUUGAGAGCUCAGGAGAUAACGGCAGGAAGUGCUCCAACAUCUCCAUCGGAGACGAGGUGUUUUUCAAGAUUUCCAUUGAAUCCCAGAAGUGUCCAUCACAUGGCAAGUCUGAGAUCAUUAAAAUCAAACCCCUGGGCUUCACUGAGGAGGUGGAGGUGGUUCUGAACUUCAUCUGUGACUGUCAGUGUGCUGCAGAAGGACAACCCAAAAGUAAAAAGUGCAGCGGAGGCAACGGGACCUUCGAGUGUGGAGCCUGCAAGUGUAAUGAGGGGCGUAUUGGGCUUUCUUGCGAGUGCAGCAAAGAUGAAGUCCGGACAGAGGACCUGGACGCCAACUGCCGAAAAGACAACGGAACAGAUAUCUGCAGCAACAGCGGCGACUGUGUUUGUGGCAUCUGUGAAUGCAAGAAGCGGGAAAAUCCAGCAGAGGUUUACAGUGGAAAAUACUGCGAGUGCGACAACUUCAACUGUGACCGCUCCAACAACAAGCUCUGUGGAGGACACGGACGCUGCGAAUGCAGGAAGUGCAUCUGUGAUGCCAACUACACAGGCAGCGCCUGCGACUGCUCCCUGGACACCUCCACCUGCCUCGCCAAGAACGGGCAGAUCUGUAAUGGUCGCGGCACAUGUGACUGUGGAAUCUGCAAAUGCACCAACCCCAAAUUCCAGGGUCCAACAUGCGAGACUUGUCCAACCUGUCCCGGUGUCUGCACUGAGCACAAAGACUGUGUGCAGUGCAGAGCAUUUGACGCUGGUCCGAAGAAGGAAACAUGUGAGCAGGAGUGCAGCUACUUCAACCUGAUAAAGGUGUCGGAUCGCGACAAGCUGCCCCAGCCCACAGACCAGAGUUACCCACUGACUCACUGCAAAGAGCGAGAUGCCAACGACUGCUGGUUCUACUACACCUACGCCAUCAGGAAUGACACUAAGGAGGUCUACGUGGUGGAGAACUUGGAGUGCCCAGCGGGACCUGACAUCAUCCCCAUCGUGGCGGGUGUGGUGGCGGGCAUCGUGCUGAUCGGCCUCGCCCUUCUGCUCAUCUGGAAACUGCUCAUGAUCAUCCACGACCGCCGGGAGUUUGCCAAAUUUGAGAAGGAGAAGAUGAACGCCAAGUGGGACACGCAAGGGAACCCCAUUUACAAGAGUCCUAUUAACCAGUUCCAGAAUCCCAGCUAUGGGAAUAAAGCCGCUGCUCUUUAGAUCCAAGGUGAGAAUCCCAUCUACAAAAGUGCCGUAACAACUGUCGUCAAUCCAAAGUACGAGGGCAAAUGAUGGAGCUUUGCCUUCACUGUGACAACACUGUAUGGAAAAGAGAAAUGGGCCGGGGUGCAGGGAGGGGCGGGUUUUAUAAUGCUCUCACUGUUUUUUUUGUUUGUUUGUUGUUGUAGUCACCAAAUGAUAGCAAUGCAUUUUGCCACUAUUUCAGUUUGUUUUACUAACUUGGUUUGUUUUCUAUGCAUCAUCUGAAACGUGUACAGUCUGUGUAAAUGUGAGGUUUUAUAUUGUAUUUUUUGCCUCUGCAGAACUUGAGAGAAUGUGUUCUGAAUUGUUUUUAUUUCGGCCACAGAACUGGCAAAGUAACUGAAAGCCUAGCUGUGCCUUUUUUUUUUUAUAUAAAACCAUCAAGCCAUCAGUGUUUUGUUGAGGGUUGAAUUGGAUGUUGAUAAUGGGCAACAAAUGAAGUGUUCCUUCCCAAACAACCAUGUAUACAAUGUUGAGUAGGCAGUCAGUCAGUGAUUCAAAAACACAGGUGAGCGAAGGUCUUAAGAUUGAUCUGCUGUCUGAGCAAAGGUUGUUUUGUGUCUGCAAUCAUUUUGACUGAGUGGAUAUCACUCCUUUUUAAAAUGUCUCUUUGGAUUGAACUCUUCAAAUGUAGCGGCAGCUGGCCAUGUGUGGCAGCAGUGAAUUGUGUACAGUAUGUUUUGGGUUCUGUGUAAAGCCAUAUAUGUAUUCACAGAACAGGGUUGAAGGCGUUAGUAUUUUUUCUGAGUGACUUAAUCCAUCUGAACAAUCAAUUGAAAUGUAUCUUUAUCUACAAAAGAUAUUUUCUUGGGCUGCCUUUCUAGGUGAAAGGACAUCAGCGUACAGUAGUUUUACUGUUUGGCUCCAGGUUUUACUUGCUUAAUUUAAAAGCCAACUCAGGUCCUUAAUUCUUCACAGCAAUGCCAAAUACACAAACCUGCCUUAUCUGCUAACUAAAUUUGCUUAUUGAAAUGCCUUGUCUUAUUUGUAGAAUAUGAACUGGGCCAGUCCCAGUUGUGUUUUUUAAAAGUCAGUAAUUCCACCCAACUGUUCAGUAGUGCCUCGAUCAAACAUUUUUUUACUCAACUGAAAUAUGGUUGGAUAUCAUGUUCUUUUGUUUUAAAGAUCAGAGGUAAGGGAACGGUCUAAAGUUUUUGGUCUGGUUUUUGUAAAGGAAAAAAAAGGUUACACAAAUCACCAUUGUUUUAAGUGCCUUUUUUAAUUUCUACAACACAUUCACAUUUGCAAUUCUGUAUUUCUGAAAUUAUUUAUUGAAUAAACGUUCAAAACAAUUUACCCCAA